AUGGCAUGGAAUUCCUUCUACAACAGAGCCUCUAAGGCUUAUCACGACCAUCCCAACAUCUCCAAGCUCCUCCUCGUCUUGGCCGCCAGUGGAGGUGGGCUGGUGGCAAGUACUAAUGGCAAAUCUCUGUACCCUUCUGCAUUUGCUGAUGCAGUCCACCAAGAUGAUGAUUGGAGGAAGAAGAAGAAGAAGAAGGUGGUCGUGCUUGGAACAGGAUGGGCCGGCACCAGCUUCUUGAAGAAUCUCAAGAGCUCCUCUUAUGAUGUUCAUGUCAUAUCCCCUCAUAAUUACUUCGCUUUCACCCCUUUGCUUCCUAGUGUCACUUGUGGCACCGUCGAGGCACGCAGCAUUGUCGAACCAAUUCGUAGCAUCACCAAGAAGAAAGGAUUGAGCAUUGAAUUUAGGGAAGCUGAGUGUUAUAAGAUAGAUGCAGAGAACAAGAAGGUGUUCUGUCGAUCAACUCAAGACACGAACUUGGGUGGCAAGGAAGAGUUUUCAGUGGACUACGACUAUCUGAUAGUAGCCAUGGGAGCUAAAUCCAACACUUUCAACACACCAGGAGUAGAGGAAAAUGCUCAUUUCUUGAAGGGAGUGGAAGAUGCUCAGCGGAUUCGACAGUCGGUAAUCGAUUGUUUCGAGCGAGCCAGCCUUCCAAAUCUAAGUGAAGAAGAGAAGAAGAGAACCCUUCACUUUGUUAUAGUUGGAGGAGGUCCAACAGGAGUGGAAUUUGCAGCAGAACUUCAUGACUUUGCUGCAGAGGAUUUAGCAGAGUUGUAUCCUUCAUUGAAAGAAUACGUGAAAAUCACCCUCUUAGAGGCAGGCGAUCAUAUUUUGAACAUGUUUGACAAGAGGAUUACAGCCUUUGCUGAAGACAAGUUUCAAAGAGAUGGGAUUAACUUAAAAACUGGUUCCAUGGUUGUGAAAGUAACUGAUAAGGAAAUCUCCACAAAAGAAAGGGCAACCGGUGAGUUUGUGUCUGUUCCUUAUGGAAUGGUUGUCUGGUCCACCGGCAUCGGUCCUCGGCCUCAAGUCGUCGACUUCAUGAAGCAGAUUGGUCAGACUAACAGACGAGCUUUGGCUACUGAUGAAUGGCUAAGGGUUGAAGGAUGUGAUGGUGUCUAUGCUUUUGGUGAUUGUGCCACAAUAAACCAAAGAAAAGUCAUGGAAGAUAUUGCUGUGAUAUUCAGCAAGGCGGACACAGACAAUUCAGGAAGUUUAGCCCUGCAAGAGUUUCAAGAAGCAGUAAAGGAUAUUUGUGAGAGAUACCCUCAAGUAGAGAUCUAUCUGAAGAAGAAUAAGAUGAAGAACUUUGCAGCCUUGUUGAAGAAGUCGCAAUCGGACACGCAGAACCAGUCGACCGAGCUCGAUAUCGAAAGCUUUACGUCCUUACUUUCCGAAGUCGAUGCUCAGAUGAAAAAUCUGCCUGCUACUGCUCAAGUUGCUGCUCAACAAGGUGAGUAUCUUGCAACCUGCUUCAACAAGAUGGAACAAUGUGAGAAGUACCCGGAAGGCCCUCUCCGAUAUAGAGGGACGGGGCGACAUCGAUUUCGUCCCUUUAGGUACAAGCAUUUUGGGCAGUUUGCUCCCCUUGGUGGAGAACAAACUGCAGCUCAACUACCUGGAGAUUGGAUCUCAAUAGGUCAUAGCAGCCAGUGGCUUUGGUACUCUGUGUAUACAAGCAAGCUAGUAAGCUGGCGCACGAGGGUUCUGGUCCUAUCAGACUGGGGUAGAAGAUUCAUAUUUGGCAGGGAUUCAAGCAGAAUCUGAUAUCAUCUUCAUAGCAGCCU